UUGGAACGUGGCGUUUGGCAGUUACCAGAGGAGCUGUGCCUGGGCAGAGGGUACCCAGGAGACACCCUGGUGCCCUUAACCUCCAAAGCAGACAACAUUGUGUGUCCAGGCCUGUGGACCAGAAACACAGGAUGUUUUGUGACUGACAGAGUGAUCCAAAAUGGAGAAGGAUGACCCCCCACAGUUGGUGACUCCCACAUCAGUGAAAGCCAUCAUCCUGAGGAUUGAGGCUGCCCAGCUAACUCGGGCUCAAGAGGAUAUUUCUACCCAGCUCUCAGACAUUUUGGACAAUGUCAAUUGUGUCAUCAACCGCUUCCAGGAAGAAUUAGGAUAUGAUUUAAAAGAAAAUGCCAAAUCUCAGCAGACAGAUCCAAAGGGCAAGAAGAGAUUCAUCUUGCUGGAAAAAAUUGCCUCCUUCUCCAAAGAUGCUAUGAUGAAGGAGAAGCACCUGUAUGACAUUCUCCGCUGGCUGGGUGACUGGGGUGACACUCUGACCUAUGAGAUCGGGCCCAGGAAGAGUGAAGAGGAAGCAGCAGCUCUGGACGAAUGGAUUGAAGUGACGGAGAAAGUGUUACCGCUGUCCCUCAUUGCCACCAAAAGAGGCAUCGAGUCACUCACUGCCCUUUGCUCCACUCUCAUUGAAGGACAAAAGAAAAGGUCACAAGUGUCCAAACGCACCUUCUGGCAGGGCUGGCAGGGAAGAAGCCCACAGACAUCUCCAUCCCAUCCUCAGCCACUAAGCCCAGAACAGAUGCUCCAGGACCAGCAUACCAUGAACACGAAGGCCUCGGAGGUGACGUCCAUGCUGCGGGAGCUCCUGGACUCUACCAUGUUCAGCAAGGGGGAGGUCAGGGCCAUCAGGUACAUGGCCACUGUGGUGGAGAACCUCAACAAGGCCUUGAUCCUCCAACACAAGGAGAACAGGAGCCUGGAGACCAAAUACAGGCACCUGCAAAUGCAGGCGACCAAAGAGCUCAGCAGCCAGAGGCUGCACUUCCAGCAGUUCAUGGAGGUCCUUGAGAAAAGGAGGGAUGCUCUGCUGAAGCAGGUAGAGAUCUUAGGGGGAAGAUACCAUGACCUUCUCCUGACGAAGCAGGCCUUGGAGUUCCAGCUGAAGAAGGCUCAGAAUGCUACAGGUCAGGCAGAAGACCUGGCUGAGGUUUCUGUUGACUCCCCAGGUCCCUCUGAGAGAGAGACCCUCCCAAGGAAAGAAACAGUCAUGGAGGAAAGCCAACAGGAACCGAUGAAGGAGGAGCAGUUGUUCUCGCCACUUCCCCCAAGUCCCAUGGCCAUGAUGCGGGACAGUGGUGCUAUAGCUGCAGGGCACCAGCCACUUUCCACCAUGACUGUGCGCUUGAGGGUCGCAGAUGUGUUCAGCAGCAAGGACACUGAGAGCCUUGAGCCUGUGCUUUUACCCUUAGUAGAUCGCAGGUUUCCUAAGAAAUGGGAAAGACCGGUGGCAGAAAGCUUAGGCCACAAAGACAAAGACCAGGAGGACUACUUCCAGAAGGGAGGACUCCAAAUUAAGUUCCAUUGUAGCAAGCAGCUGUCUCUAGAGAGCUCCAGGCAGGUGACCUCUGAGAGCCAAGAGGAGCCCUGGGAGGAGGAAUUCGGCUGGGAGAUGCGGAGGCAGCUGUGGCUGGAGGAGGAGGAGAUGUGGCAGCAGCGGCAGAAGAAGUGGGCCCUGCUGGAGCAGGAGCACCAGGAGAAGCUGCGGCAGUGGAAGCUGGAAGACCUGGCCAGGGAGCAACAGCGGAGAUGGGUCCAGCUAGAAAAGGAGCAGGAGAGCCCACGGAGAGAGCCAGAGCAGCUAGGGGAGGAUGUGGAGAGGAGGAUCUUCACACCCACCAGUCGAUGGAGGGACUUGGAGAAGGCAGAGCUAUCAUUAGUGCCUGCCCCAAGCCGGACCCAAUCUGCUCACCAAAGCAGGAGGCCACACUUGCCCAUGUCUCCUAGUACCCAGCAGCCUGCCCUGGGAAAGCAGAGACCUAUGAGUUCAGUGGAGUUUACCUACAGACCACGGACCCGCCGAGUUCCCACAAAGCCCAAGAAAUCUGCCUCCUUUCCUGUCACUGGGACAUCCAUCCGAAGGCUGACCUGGCCCUCUUUGCAGAUAUCCCCUGCAAAUCUUAAGGAGAAGGUGUACCACAUGGACAUGGAGGCCCAGAGGAAGAACCUGCAGCUCCUGAGUGAGGAGUCUGAGUUGAGGCUGCCCCACUACCUGCGCAGCAAAGCACUGGAGCUCACCACCACCACCAUGGAGCUGGGCGCGCUCAGGCUGCAGUACCUGUGCCAUAAGUACAUCUUCUAUAGACGCCUCCAGAGCCUCCGGCAAGAAGCGAUCAACCAUGUACAAAUCAUGAAAGAAACGGAGGCUUCCUACAAGGCCCAGAACCUCUACAUCUUCCUGGAAAACAUUGACCGCCUGCAGAGUCUCAGGCUGCAGGCCUGGACGGACAAGCAGAAGGGCCUGGAGGAGAAGCGCCGAGAGUGCCUGAGCAGCAUGGUGACCAUGUUCCCCAAGCUCCAGCUGGAGUGGAACGUUCACCUGAACAUCCCUGAGGUCACCUCGCCAAAGCCAAAGAAAUGCAAGUUGCCUGCAGCCUCACCCCGGCACAUCCGCCCCAGUGGCCCCACCUACAAGCAGCCCUUUCUGUCUAGGCACCGGGAAUGUGUGCCCCUGCAGAUGGCCCGUGCCUCAGCGAACCAAAGGAAGGAAUGCCAGGAACCUACAAAUGAAUCCGCUUAGCUUGUUCAAAAAAAGUCAAGCGAGUCACUCCCUGGAACCCAAAUAAGCCAGAAGGAUCAAGACAGCCCCAGUCUCCACUGCAUCCCUUAGCCAGUGAUUCUCAACCUUCCGAGGGACGGAAACCCACAGAGAACUUGGUCAAAAUGCAGGUUCCCAGCUGGUGCUUUUAAAGAAACCCUCUGGGUGUUGCUGAGUACUCCUAGAACUUUGAGAAACACUGUUUCCCUCCUGCAGUCCCCAAACUCUACAUUUUAAUAAAAUAGAGGUUGGUUUAUUUUAAAA